AUGGAGGCAUUUAUGGCACGGAUGCAAAAGCAGCUGGAAGUGGAGAGAGCAAACCCUCCACCUUCGACAGAGUCCUUUUGCUAUAUUUGCGGUGGUGCUUCGAAUCGGACUCAGCUUCUGAAAAGGUCUACAUUUGUCGCAGAUGAAAAUGAUGACCGGGAGGAUGAUUUUGAUACGCUUUAUGAAGACUAUUGCACCUGCAGCGAGGAGAAUUCGGUCUCGGACGACCAACUCCACGAAGACUCGUGUAGACGACGCGUGGGAUAUGAUCAAAGCGUCAUCCGCCUCAAGGACGUCAAGCACUGGAACCCCCUGGAGAAUACAGAGUGGACCGUAACAAAUCCCCAAAAGACUGUCAAUUUGGGGCCUUUAGUUUCCGAGGCAUCAGAAACUUCGAAACCCGGCUACUCGUUCAAGAUCCAGACGAAAGCUGGGAACCAAACAGAUUUAUUUUCGUCAAUCCCAACCGAAUUGCGCUUGCGAGUGUUAGAAAUGCUGCCGACAAACUCUGUGCUCAAUCUGUUUCUGGCAAGUCCUGCUUUCAGAGAAGUUUCGCUUGGUCUGCCGCAACGUUUCUGGAGAUCUCGUCUCUCAUUCGACGUUCCUUGGUGUGCAGAAGCCGCUAUACGACUUGUGGCGCAAGACGAAAAGCACCCGUUUCUCUUUGACAAACUUCUACGUCUUAUCCGGGAAGCCUCUGAGCCUGAUGAAUUGAACAUUUUUGAGAAUGGUAUCCCUGACGCUUUUGUUGAAGACUGGAGGGUACUGAAAAACCUACGGCGUAUAUGGAUUAACUGUGAACAAAUUAUAAAUGAUGUCGAGGCCCGGCACACAACGGUCCGACGACAAACGGGUAGUGCUUCGAGUCAAAUCGGCAACCUGACUUCCCACAAAACGAUAUUCGUUUCACGAGACUUCAAAGGGAUGCCUGGAGCAGCUUCGGUAGCUUCCUUCGUUACAAGCGCGGUUAAAAGGCACCAAUUGACAGCAAUAAUUGCCCACUUGGGAACUGGUGACCAAAUCAUCGGUAUCGAGUUCCAACUGCUCGAUGAGCUUUCGGGACGCCUUUUCGGCAAUUCGAGUAAUUCGACCAUCAAAGUCACACUGAAAUCGCAGACGGUGAUCACUGGUGUGUGUAUAUCCUUUGGUAGCCCGGAGCUCAACCAAAAUGAGCGCAGGAUUCGUGGGCUUGGGUUUGUCACCCGAGAAAGCCCUGAAAAGCCAACCCACAUCCUCGGUAGAUGGGAUGAACAUGACGUACUGCAGAUUUUGCGUGUACAGCCCGGAAUGGAGGUAGGAGGAGUUACGGGCGAGUUCAACGCCCAAACAAUCACAGCUUUCGGCAUUAUCACAGCCAACCAGCUUUUCACUCCUAUCAAUCCCUCACAGCCUUUGGGGAUCGAUCUUGAUAUUCAUACCCAAUGGGUCGGUCGCUAUCCACCACUUGAGUGGCCUCUGGGGCAAUACUUUCUGGAAAGUCGCCGGGAUGGCACUGGCACAAAUUAUCCUAUUCUCACGAACCCCUUUCCGCGCGUGCUAGAGCCCCCGGUUCAUUUUGUCGAUCUGUCCAAAAGAAAACUCUGUCAGGUGCAGGCCUAUGGCAAUUUUGACGCUGCUGAGCCUCAUGAGCGGUUCCUAAAGGGACUCGUUUUUCAUUUUACAGACGGUUCGAUGGAGCGAGUCGGAAUAGUGACUAGUCACCAGGAUAUUUUGAUGUCUCCAGUCCACGGUAUUGAAUUUGAAGUUGAAAAAAAUGAGACAAUUGUGGACAUGGUCCUAUACUGUGCCCAUGGUGCGGUCAUUGACAAGAGCAAGGCCAAACUCUGUGGAUUACAAUUUAUUACAAGCCUAGGCAAAAAGCUAGCACUGGGUUGCACAGAGACCGGUGCUCGUGUUCGUAAGGAGGCAUGGCCCCCAGUUUACAGUGAUCUAACGGAAUACGGGUCAGUAUGUGGGAUACAGGUCGCAUUGAAGCCCGAUAGAGUGGAGCGUGUCGGGUUGGCUCUUUGGACGACUUAA